UCGAAGUCCCGUAUUUAUUUUGUGUACAAAAUACAAAACAUUUUCAUUUACCUACUGCAAAACUGGGAAUCUAGCUCAGACCUUUACUGCUAUAAAUGAUAACAUUGUGCCGUUUAUAAUGAUUAAAAUCUUUUAACAUUUCAUGAUAGUUGAAAAAUUGUGAAAAUGUCCGAAUGUAGGAUUUGCUUGGAACCCAGGAAAAAUGUACGGUGCAUAUUUAAGGGUACAGAUGGGGAUCUCAACACUACGUUUGCUGACAUGAUAACAUACAUCGCUAGUAUUAAGAUUACAAGAGAAGACGGGAUCACAGACCAGAUAUGCCUUGCUUGUCGAAAAAAGCUCAAAGAGUUAUAUGAUUUUAAACUUCUUAUAUUAAGGUCCAACACCCAGCUGCAUCAAAAGAACAAUUCAAAUUUCAAAAGGAUCCAUUUUAACGACAUAACAGAUGUCAAGCUUGAAAUCGCUGUGGCCCCAACUGAUGAGAAAUAUCUACUCAAAGAAUAUGAGGACAUUAAGAUGAAUCUGCAAAGUGUAGAAGACUCUGUAUGUUACAAGGAUACCACAAUAAAGAAGGUGGAGCCAAGUUCCAUAGAAGUGGAGGUAGACAAUCAGCCGAUGUCGGUCAUGGACUUCCUUGACACCAUCAAAGAUGAUUUGGAAAAUGACUAUGAUCAGGAUUUCGAUGCGGCCCAAGGUGAUCGAGACUCGGACUCUGAUGAGUAUUUACCACACAGCAUUUUACAGAAGAAAUAUGGGAAAAAACAUAAGAAAAAGAAAAAGACUAAAUUGUCAAAACCCACCAAAAACGGAAACACCAAAACAGAAGCACCCAACAGGGUUCGUAUAAAACCGACCUGGAUCGAUGACCUCCGAGUAAUGGCCACGUACGAGCCCAAAAAACCGAGAGAGAGAAAGAAAUACAAGCCCAAGACGAAGGAGGGGAUGUGCCCCUACUGCGGCAAGUUCUCCAAGAACCUGACCAGCCACCUUGUGUUACAUAGGGAGCCGCUGUAUAAGUGCGGUUUUGAGGUAAGCCAAGAAAUACAAGCUCAAGAUGAAGGAGGGGAUGUGCCCCUACUGCGGCAAGUUCUCCAAGAACCUAACCAGCCACCUUCCAAGAAAUACAAAACCAAGACGAAGGAGGGGAUGUGCCCCUACUGCGGCAAGUUCUCCAAGAACCUGACCAGCCACCUUGUGUUACAUAGGGAGCCGCUGUAUAAGUGCGGCUUUGAGGGCUGCGGCAGAACGUUCCACCACCGCGCCCCCAUGCUGAACCACGAGCGCGCACACACCGCCGCGAGGGACUUCCACUGCGACCAGUGCGUCGCCGCCUUCCACUCACAACAGGCGCUCAACCAACACAAAAAAUGUCACGACCAGACAAGAAGAUACGUUUGUGAAACCUGCAGCAAGUCUUACAAGAGGGGGCACCAGCUAUCCCGGCACGUCCGCACACACAACUCUGCCAACAAGAACAUCCAGUGCGAGCUGUGCAACAUGUCUUUCUUCUCACAGUUCGGGCUGAGACACCACAUGAGAGUUCACACCGGCGAGAGACCCUACAACUGCGAGCUGUGCUCGCAGCCGUACAGUUACAAGCACGACUUCAACCGCCACUGCCUGAAGAAGCACGGCGUGUUCCUCAAGCGGCGCUCGGUCAGCGUGAUGAACGCAGAGGUGUUGGGUCGCGAGCGCGCGGUGAUGCGCGAGCUGGCGGCGGCGGCGCGCUCCGGGGCCGCGGGCCCGCCGCCGGCGCUCUUCGUCGGCAAACAGGGUGCCCUGGCCUACGAACUUGCCAUCCGGACUUUACGCAAGAACCCGAUGCUCCUCGCGCCGCACUCUUGAUGACAAAUCAUAAUACAACCACAAAUAGAAGUGAUGUGAACAUUUAACUCAUUUGAGGGCUCGCCUAAGCUCCAGCAGGGGUCGGCAAACCAGUACUUUUUAAGUUUUUUUGUUUCUCAAAAUAACCUAUCGACACCUUUGGAGUUACAAGCCACUGCAGUCGACAGUAACCGCUUGCCACGAGAGGAAGGAGAGGAGAGGAGUCGUAAUGUAAGGAAUGCAAUCUCGAAUCAAAAUAAGCAAUUCGAGAUCUUGCGCGAGAAGUCAGAUUCGAGUUUGGAUGUUUCGAGAUCUCGACCGUCACUUUCUAGGUCGUGAUUGAUGUCGACGAGAUCGAGUUUUGAUAAAUGAAUUAAAUAUGAGUUAUAUUGAACAAGAAUCCCUUGGAAUUCAGUAUAUACCUAUUUAGGGUACCUACUUGCUUAAAUUAAAUGUUAAAUUCGCAAAAUAAAACAACACAUCAAAUGAACUCUUCUUUUUCCGUGCCUUUUCCCAUUUCAUUUGGGGUCAGUCUUAUUUUCUGUUAAAGUACAGCAGAACUAACCUGAAUAACUUGAAUCUAAGCUGAAAAAUAUUAACCAGUACAAAAUAAUUUACACGCGUCAAUACUUCAAUCUCGACCGAGAUUGCAAAAAUCGAGAUCUCCUGCCAACGACAUUGAAUAUCGAAAAUUCGCUCGAG